CAACAUUCGUUGUUACACCGGUCGCGCGCGCAUCUCAGACUCGUCUGCACCGUUCAUACCGCCGUCACAGCCAAACAACAAUACCCGACGAAAAUGAACUCCAACGUUGUGGUGAGUGGUUGUUGUUUUGUUUUUUUUUUUGUUUUUUUUUUCCUCUCGGUCGUUGUUCGUGCACUAAACGGGUAAUUCGAAACCGCGGGUUUUCGGGACGUUAUUUGUUAAUGUCGAUAUCGCGCCGGUCACGCGCGCCCCGCGGUAUUGUGUAUGAGCGGCACACGUUAUUUCUGACAAAACAACGCGCGGCCGUCCGGGCGUUCGCGUCGGUGCGACGCGCGCUCGUAACUGUACACCGCGAUCUCCUGCACAGCACGCGGUACGCGCCAUCGUGCCAGACGCGUGUGACGCGAAAAUGUUUAACCGCGCGGCGAAUGGCGUUCCGCGGUUUCACACCUUGCCGGCUAAUGUCGGACAGCGUACGGCGUUUCCGGCGAAAACGACGCCUAACGUAAACGUGUUGCAGUCCCUUCGCGCACAUUGCGAACGCCCGACAGUGACGCUACACGGUAACCCGUACGGUACAAUUGUCAACCGUUCGGCCGUUUCUGUCGGCGUCCCUCGGUCGUCGAACGAACCGAGGCGUUUGUCGGUUCAACAACCGUUACCUCUCCCACUCCCCCGCCCGUAUUUUUUUAAAAUCCUCUAACCGUCAUCGUCGGUGCGGCGUUUGCAUUCAUCAUUUUUCUCGGACUUUCAAGUGAACCGUUUUUUUUUCUGAAUGUGUAAUCCGCGAAUGGGGGGCGGUACAUUAACGAGACGGGUUUUUUUGAUUUACCGAAAAAACGUACAAAAAACCGGAAAAUGUACGAAAUGUAUUGUUUUGUAAAUCGCAAUUAUUACGGCUGUUUGACACAUGUACAACUGAACUCCGCUUGCUUCGUUAACAAACGUCAAUACUUACGUACGGUUAUACAUUAAAUUCCCGUCUAGACCUUCCCGACUCCGCACAGUGACCCGUCCGUCGCGCGAAGCGUGUCCGUCUUUUGUUCUUCUCCAUUACUCUAUCGACUGCGAAACUGGCCCUUCCGUUUCUCGCGAAAUAUUCGGCCGCACCACUCCGGUCGUCUGUCCCGAAUGGCACGGUCGUUCUGAUUACGUUUCGGUUUUAUUGUUUCGUCGCUGUUUCGGCCGUCCUGCCCGGGGGUACAGGGAUCCGGUUUAGCGUAUAAUUUACAGUCGAUCGGAGCCUAUUAUGUGACUUAAUUUUUUUCCCUAUUCGCCUAUUUGUUUCCGCGCCGCAUGAUACGGUCACGCCCGAUCGCAAUUAUUCUACGGCGGAUUCAUCGAGCAAACAAAUGGACGAAACUGUAUUAAAAUAUUUGUGUAUAUUUUCGUAUUUGCGCACUGUCUGCGUUUCGCGUUAGUUUAACAACAAUACUGUUUGUAUUAAUAACAGAAUUAUGUUCGCCUCCACACGGUAAAAUAAAUACCAUAAUACUGAUAAUAUGACGUUGUUAAACCCGCAGUUCGUAGCGCUGGUCGCUUGCAGUCUCGCCGUCCUGUCCGCCGCCGCGCCCGCACCGUCAGGAGUGCCACUAGCCCUAUCGGCUCCGUUGGUGGCGCCCGCCGCCGCAGUGGUCGCCGCCGCCCCAGCCCCGGCGCCGGUGGUCACCGCUUACAGCUCGCAGUACGUGGCCAGGAACUACAACGGCAUUGCCGUCGCCCCGGCCGUCGUCCCGUCCGCGGCCUACUUGAGCUACCCGCAGGUGUACGCGCCGUCGUACGCACCGGCGUACGCGGGCCCACUGGUCGAGGAAUAUCUGUUCUGAACGGCACAAGUUUCAAGCACUCAACGCUCUUCGCAACACGAAUGCGUUUUCCCUUCGAUUUCACAUUGUUCUGUACCUAUGUAUAAUAAAAUGUUGUAAUAUUUUGUAAAAAAUGAAUAAUAAAAACCAACUAAAGGCCUUUUUAACUA